AUGUCUCAGUCUCGGUCAUUCUCCGGCAUUCCUACUGUGGCUCUACAUACCACAAGGUUCCUGCUUAGGAAUGCUCAAGGGGUGCAAUCCAGCCACCCGGACUACCAAACGGACAACCUUCCUGUGGAGAUCAUUCUUACCAUCGGCAGUCAUGUCCCUGACAUAGACGACAGACUCCGAUUGCUUCAAGUAUGCCGACGUUGGCGAGUGCUGUUCCUUGAGCUCGCAUACAACCACGUCAGUUUCGAGGGGUCUCAAAUCGAGCCCCUGACGAAAGUGAUGCUGGCCAACCUGCGGAUAGGAGCAGGUAUCCGUAAUCUGUCAGUUGGAUGGUGGCAUUCAUACAUCGAUUACCACCCGCAGCAAAGGGAAAGUGAUGACAAUCUGCAAGGAAAAGCGGAGGAGCUGGUAGGGAAAAUUAGCAGAUCGCCAGAGGAGCAGAAAGAUUGGAUUGAUCCUAUCGGAGCUGGAAAUCAGGAAGCAUGGCCUGCUGUUCUUCUUGCCUCAGUGCCGAAUCUCGCCACGCUCUCUGGGCGAUACUGUGUACACGCGCCGAGAGUGACGCUGGUUGUUGCUCGGGCUGCACGGCUAGAGACGCUUGAUAUCACCUCCGACGAUACGAAGGACGUCUAUCCGCACUGGCAGAUUCUGCCAUUCUUCCACCUGCCAUCGCUUAGGGAUGUGAACUUGGGCGCCGUGAAGGAAUACAGAGAAUGGACCAGACUGGAGCACCCGGCUGUUGCUUCCGGUUCAGGCACGGCGCCCGUGGAACCGCUCAUUUUAGAAUCCCACUCUAAUGGAAGAAAAGGAAUGGCGGAGUUUAUCACCUGGGCUCUGCUGACGCAGAAACAUAGCCUUGAGGUCCUGCAUCUGAGCGACAAUGGCGACGUGGAGGGGGCUGCGUUAGAUGAUUUAAGCGAGGAUGAGGACGAUGACGGCCACGAGGCAUAUGACUUGCAGAAUUCAGCGAGCUGCAGGAUCUUCGCAUCCGCCCGCGAUCAAGGGGAGUCCGUAGUGCUCAAGGGCAUCCUACCUCCCAGCUUGAAGUCGCUACAUAUGUCCGAAUGCUCAGGGAUACACUGCGCAGUGCUCGUGCCUAAUCUGCAAGGUGUUCUUGCUCAUCAUCAGGAGAAGUUCUCUACCGAACUCGUACCUGAUCCGCAGAACCCGGGUUGUUAUUUGGGUCAGAUUCGGGUUGCGGAGUCAUUCAGGAAGAUGCUUGUGCUUGUUGAGGCGAAUGUGUGA